AUGGCGGACGAAAUGGAUUAUUUGUCUCCUGGUUUCGACCUCAACUCUCUCACAGUCCCUCGUCUUCGAUCUAUCCUCGUCAACCAUGACGUCUCAUAUCCGGCAUCCGCUAAAAAAGCACAGCUCAUCCAAAUUCUAGAGAGCGAUGUUCUUCCUAAGGCGAAAAAGCUGUUGCGCGAACGCGAACGAGUGAGGAGGACAAGUGAAGGAAUCACAGAUAUGGGGAGUCGCGCUACAUCGGUCGCGAGCGAUUACGAUGACCGUCAUGAGAGCGCAUUUAGGGAUUCAAUGCCCCCUCCACCGACACCCUCGACAGUUUCGACGGCAACUGGGGCGCGCAGGGGCCGCUCUCGGAUGAGCACUAGGGCGUCGACUGCCGAUGCUGAAGAAACCAACGUUCCGGUGACACCUUCGACGGCUUCGCGAAGAACCACGGCGAGAUCGGAAGGAAAACGGAUUCGCCCCUCGGAACAAGUCGAGCAAAAUGAUGUGCCGACAACCCCUACAGCCGCUGAUGCCUUUACGCCCCGAAAGUCUACAGCCAGGAAAUUGCGCAGAAGUGAACUGACUCCCUCAACCGAACCCGAGCCGCUAGCCCACUCUGUCAAAGCGGAGCCUAAGGAGGAAAGCGUUUUCACACAUGACAAUCCUUUCCAGAGUGGAAGUUCUCCAGCUCCCUGGGACUCGAGAAGAGGUGCAAGCCGGGAUAGCAAACGGAAGAGCGGCGCACAUCUGGCGACCGAAAGCCCUGCGUUGAAUCAAGGCCUACGGGCUCGGAAGUCUGACGCGCGCACUUUUCGAGGCUACGAUGCAGAGCCGACGGUUUCGGCUCGGUCUUCGCCGGAGUUUCAAAUUUCCAAAAUGGCGACGCCUAAAGAAUAUUCCGAACCUGAGGUGGAUGAUGAUUACGACCUAAGUGACGACAGCGCUGGAGAAGAAUUCACGCCUGAAGAGCAGUUGGCGCUGGAGAGAGAACAUGCGGAUUUGAUGUACCCCCCAACUCCUCAACAUCGACGUCCUCAAACACACGGAACAGCAAGCACAGCCGCUCCCUGGUUGGUCAUCUUGGCCCUUCUUUGUGGUUUCGCGGGUUGGUGGCGACAGGAGAAAAUUGAAAUUGGAUUCUGUGGUAUUGGAAAGCCCACCUGGUCCUUGGCCAACACGAGAGUUCCCGAGUGGGCCAAUGUGCUUGAACCGCAAUGCGAGCCGUGUCCCUCCCAUGCGUUUUGCUAUACGAACUUUGAAGCCCGUUGUGAACAUGAUUUCAUCCUCCGAGCCCAUCCUUUGGCGCUGGGAGGAUUGAUUCCCCUGCCCCCGACUUGUGAACCUGACAGCGAGAAGGCGCGUCGUGUAAAAGCCGUCGCGGACAAGGCCAUUGAAGAGCUCCGUGAUCGAAGAGCGAAGUGGGAGUGCGGCGAGCUCACCGAGCACGGCAGAGAAGCGUCUGGGCCGGAGAUUAGCGAAUCGGAGCUGAAGCAGGAAGUCGGAAGAAAGCGACGGAAGGGAAUGAGCGAUGCCGAAUUCGACAGCCUCUGGAAAGGCGCGUUGGGUGAGGUUGUCGGAAAGGAGGAGAUCGUCAGCAAAACUAAACAUUCAAUCCUCACCCUCACAUCUACAUCCGUCACCCGACUCCCUCUCACAUGCGCCUUCCGCCGCUACGUCCGACUCUCUCUCCUCGCGUAUCGACUACCUCUUUCGAUUCUAGUGGUAUUCCUAGGCACCUUGGUAUAUGUGCGGUCUCGGGUUAUUGCCCGUCGUUCGGACAUGGCAAGGGUCCCGGAACUCGUCGCUACAACGCUAGACCGCCUCGCAACUCAGGCAGCUUUGCAUGCCCGCGGCGAGGCUCGCGAGCCUUAUAUUCCAAUUGGACAACUGCGUGACGACGUGCUACGCUCGGAAUUACGGGGCAGCCGGCGUGAAGAUCUCUGGCGGCGGGUCCGCGACGUUGUCGAAGGAAAUACCAACAUCAGAGCCGCGGUCCGUGAAGGCCGGGGUGGAGAUGUUGCACGAUCAUGGGAAUGGAUUGGAGGAAUUGGAAGUGUUCGUGCAGACGUCGAAGGGAGCGCCACUCGUCAGCGAGAGGGCAAUAAGGUGCACUUCACGGCAUUGUCUGAGAACUCCCAGCAUCCUGAUGAAAACGCCAUGGCAAGAAGUCCCGGGCAGUCGCGAAAGUGGGAUGAAGGACGGCCCAUAUACUGA